AGGACUUCAACCGGAAACCAAACUUUUUUCUUCGAACUUUUUUCUCUGAGGCAAAAGAGGAAAAAGCAAAACCAGACGAGCCGUGCUGUGCUAAACGCUGCCCAGUUCCUUCUUUUCUUCUUCACCGUUGGAAAUGUGUCAUCUGCAGAACACCAGGGGACAAGUCCACACUUUGUGCAGAGGAUAAAGCGCGACGUCGACUGGGGUUUGGGUGUUUAGGCUUACGGCCGCUCACAUAACGGAUUUGGGUCCUUUAUCAUGGAAGAUGGUGCAAAAGAGGACCCGGCCCAGUGUAAAGAGCCAAAGUUCCUGGCUAAAGCUGGCUGGGUGAAAAAGGCCCACGGCAGAGUCCUGGCGAGCUAUAAGGACCGCUACAUCCAUGUGGAGAAGACAGAGAUCGUGGUGUAUGAAAAUGAGGACCUUCAGAACUGCUUAGAGAGGUUUGACCUGGAAAACUUCGAGACAUGUCAUGAAAUAAAGAGCACUUUCAAGAAGAAGCACAGACUGAUAGUGAUUCGAUCUCCCAAAUCAGGGAAUAAGGUCCAUGAUCUGAAGUUCCAAACUCAGACUGCAGAGGAGAAGGAUGCUUGGAUCAAAGCACUGAGUGAUGGCAUCAGCAGGGCAAAGAACAAAGUCUUUGAUGAGGUGAAGGUGGACGACAGCAGUAACUUAGAACAUGUUACUCGAUCAAGGCCCAAAGGGAACCGGAACCGACGGCCGCCAACCAGGAUACACAUGAAAGAGGUUGCUGUGGUGUCCUCUGAUGGCAUCCUGCGUUUGGAUCUAGACCUUGAUGAUGCCAUAAUGCCUAAUGGCACUCAUCAUUCCACUGUGGAUGGAACUGGAACUCCCAAAGAAGCCAGUAAAGCCCCUCCAGCUGCAUCCAGUGAAGGUGAAGCAGCAGAAGAAAAGUCUUUGUCAAGUAUAAAAGAAGAAGACAAGCCUGAGCCAGAGGCAAGUCCCCAGAAAAAGGUCAUCAAACCUCCUAUGCCUCCAUCCAAAGAGGCUAAACGUGCUUCAGCACCAGAGGAAGAACCUGAGAAGACUGAUGUCCCAGAGAAGAAGGUUCUGAAACCACCUAUGCCUCCAUCCAAAGAGGCCAAGCCCAGUGCUGCACCUGCUGACGAGCCCACAAAGGAGGCCAAAGCUGAGAAGACGCCAGAGACGAGUCCCAACGCCAAGAAAAAGACAGCUGUACCCCCUACUCCUCCCAGCAAACCCAGCUCAAGCAAACCUGUGGAGACCUCCCAGUCCAGACCGAACUCCCACCCUCCAACCCCCCCGAGCAAAGAGAAGAAACCCUCCCAUCCUGCAGCUGAGUCCAACCAAGAGCUUCAAGGAACCGAUGAUGACAACAAGGAGGAAGACGGUAAGAAGACAGAUGAUGAAGACGGAGAUGAAAGUCCAAGUGCAGAAGGACUCUCUGAAGAGGACAAUUCUGCAAGCAGUGAUGAAACUAAAGAACCUGAAAAUGAACCACAAAUAUCUGUUGCGCUUCCUUUGGUAGAGAACCCAAGUCCUCUUCUAACCUCUGACAAAAAGGAGCAAGACUCUCCUGCAUCAGAUACCUCAUCGGGAUCUCUCCACACAGAAGAGGUAAUACCAACAAGCGACAUCCCAGUAGUGGUUGUAUCUCUGAAAGACCCGGUCGCCGACAGCCCCAGCCUGAGUCCACUGCUCGGCCAUUUGCCUGGGGAGAAGAAGAAGAAGAAGAAGGCGGAGGAGAAGUCUGUAGAUAGCGGUCAGCAUUCAGAUGAUGACAGUGAAGGCUCAGGGAGUGAAGACACACUGGCAACUUCCACAGCUGCACUGAGGGGAAGCAACGCCGGUCUAGAUGUGUUGGACACCAGCGAGAACGACGUUCAGAUCUCCGUAAGUCUAAAGCCGACAACACCUGCAACCAAGGGCUUCACCUGCUGGAUGUCAGAGCCCUCUCCUCCCAUCAAACCCAAAACCAAGGUGAGGUCGGCCUCCAGCGGCAACCUGCUUUCUGACUCAUUGGACAGAAGUCUGCUGAGUACAGCUUUGGCCAGAAGCGGCGGCGAUGAAGUCAUGAAACUUGAGACUGAAGUGGCUCUGGAGAUGGAAAACACCAGCAAGCUCCUGAGUUCAGUGUCCCAGUCCCAGACCGAAGGCAACAAUGGGGAGGCCAUGCCCGAGGAUCUACUGGCCAAAGCCAUGGAGAAGCUGAAGAAAGCAGAUCAUGUGCUCAGGGAGGUCAAGAAACUGAAACUUGCAAAGGACUCGAACAACAGGAAAAGCUGGUAAAGUCAGUCACAGCAGGCACAUGGACAGGAUGGACUUAUCUUUGAAGGUUAAGCAGUAAAUGCAGCUGUUUGCUCACAACUAAUGAAAUGCAUCUGUGUGUUGUUUAACUACGUCUGCAGCUAAAAGACAUGCUUAAUGUUCUACUGUACUGCUCAGUUUAAUUUAUAAAAUAUUGGACGUUCUCAAGAAAAAAUAUUUGGAAAUAGAGAAUUAAUAACAUUAUGACAAAGCAGCAAUAUUCACACACUGUCUGCUUUUGUAUCACAGACUGUAUAUAAAGAUGGAUGACACAAUGCUGCUUUGUGCUACUGUGUUAGAGUGAAGACAAAAUAUUGCAGGUACUAAAGCUGCCAUUUUACCUCCAUCAUUGUGCAGUACUGACUAAUUCAGUUUCUACCACAUUUGAUGGGUUGUUGCUGAAUAGUCAUUACAGCCAUCAAUCGCCUGUUUUUACUUCAUUAGUCAGAAAAAUGAAGAUUUAACAUAAAUGCCAACGCUCACCUGUGGGAAAAAAAAUUGUUGGACUAAUACUUUAGGUGAGUUUUAUGACUAGUACUCUAACCAGCCACCAGGGGGAGAUACACCUGCUUUGGCUUCACAUUUGGGAGCUGUCAUUAUGUCCAUCUUUAUAUACUGCCUAUAGCUGACAUUCCCAAAAUAUUCCCUUUUUGGACCAUUAAAAAAAAAAAAAAAACAAGAUGGUAAUCCUACUAUGCUGUUUACACUUUCUAUAAAAGAUCAAAGUUGGGAUAUUCAAAUACCUG